UCUUUUUUUUUUUUUCCUUCUUUUUUCUUUGUCUUCUUCUUCUUGAUAAUGUGGACCUUGGCCAAUUUACCUUCUUACUUUUCCCGAUGGCUUGGGUAUCGAGAUCCUUCAUUACCAUUGAAAAACCACAAGAGAUGGCAAAUCAGUUUUUGGUCAUUCAUAGGUGCAUGGUUAGGCAUUGCUGUUCUGCUGAUCAUUGGUACUUAUAGUCCUCAACUUGCUGAAUAUCAUUCUCCUACUGUCAUUGCAAGUUUUGGUGCCUCUGCAGUAUUAUUGUACGGAUCCAUCGACUCCCCACUGGCCCAGCCUAGGAAUGCGUUUUUUGGUCAUGUCAUUGGAGCUCUUGUAGGUGUGAGCAUUUCAAAAUUGUUUAUUCAGGUACCUACGUCUUGGGCCUCUCCAGAACAACAAGUGAUUGUGCAAUGGGUAGCCGGUGCCACUGCUGUUUCUCUGGCUAUUGUAGUAAUGCAAAUGACAACUACAGUUCAUCCGCCUGGGGGUGCAACUGCUCUUUUACCCGCCGUGGACUCAAAGGUGAUUGCUAUGGGUUGGUACUAUAUUGGUGUGGUUGCCAUGUCGGCUGCAGUACAACUUGUUUUGGCUUGUCUGGUGAAUAAUAUGGAUCGAAGGUAUCCGACGUUUUGGUGGCGUCCUGCUCGUCUUCCUGUACAGAUAGAUCCUGGCAAUCUGGCCACAGCAUUGCCUUUUUCACAACGUGGUGAUGAUGUGGUUGUCAACGUAGACGAUGAUCGUACUUCUUCUUCCACCAAUGUUUCUUCUGGUCUUGUCAUCCUUCUCGAUCCUGCUCAUCCUCUGGUGUUACCUCCUGAUAUUCUCAAUGCGGACGAUAUGGAUGCUUUAAAAUCUAUUCAUGCAAAAUUACGGGCCUCCUCUCAAGAAAAGUCAGAUUGAACACUCCUGUCUUUGUUUAGUUUUAUGAUCUCCCCCACUCUCCUUUAUUAGUGUUACUAUUAUUUAUUGUUGUAUUUUACAUUUGUCUUCUUACAUUGUAUACCAUAUUUUUUUUUAACUACAUGAUCUAUACCUAAUCAUCAUUAUAAUAAUAAACAAAGAAGUCUUUCAUUG